UAAGAAAAUAACUAAUAAUACUACUAAUAAUAAAACAAAUUGUAAGAAAAUACCUUCUAUUACUAAUAAUAACUUAAUUGAUGGCUACCACUGCUCUCCAGCUCCUCGGCCUGUCUCUCUGCGUGAUUGGCUGGGUCGGGGAGAUCCUGACGUGCGUUCUCCCCAUGUGGCGCGUCACGGCCUUCAUCGGCAACAGCCUCGUGAUCACGGAGACCAUCUGGGAGGGGCUGUGGAUGAACUGCAUCGUGCAGACCGCCGGGCAGAUCCAAUGCAAAGUGUACGACUCCAUCCUGGCGCUCCCGUGGGAUCUCCAAGCCGUCCGCGCCCUCGCUGUCGUCUCGGUUCUGAUCGCCCUGCUCGCUCUCGCAGCCGGGGUCGUCGGGGCAAAGUGCACCAAGUGCUUGGAGGAAGGGCCGCUGAAGUCCGGUAUCAGUUUGGCAGCGGGGUCGCUGUUCUGCGCGGCGGGGUUCGUGUAUUUCAUCCCUGUGUGCUGGACCGCCAAUUCCAUCAUCAGAGAUUUCUAUAACCCCUUGGUACCAGACCCGCGUAAGCGGGAGCUGGGCCCGGCGCUUUUUUUGGGCUGGGGCGCGGCCGUGCUACUCGUCUUCGGGGGCGCGCUUCUGGUCAGCGGCUCCCGCUCUGCUUCGAAUCCUAAUUUCGACAGUGGGAGCCGGGAUAGCAGCCUGGGCAGGAGCGCGCCGACGCUGCCCGCGGAGAGGCUGAAGGGGUAUGUGUGAAUUCAACAUGAUAGGAAGAGGGAGUGGAGAGUUACAUUCAGCGACUGCAACAAAACAAAGAGAAAUAGCCAUCUGUGCACAGCAGGAAUACGGACGCACACGAUCGGGUAUUAAAACAGGGGCAGCAGUUUCUAUAUAACGUACAAAGUUUUAACCUCUUAAACACGAUCAGCUUCAGUCCUAGGCUGUAAAUUGAAUAGCAAACAUUAUUUAACUCCUUUAACUUGUCCUGAGAAAAUAUUCGGCAAACGGAAAUGUGUCUUCAUUUACAAAAAAAAAAAUAUGUUAACAUUAUUAUUAUUUAAUUAAUUAAUCAUUUAGCAGAUGCUUUUAUCCA